GCCUGCCCAGCCCAGCCCGGCCCGGCCCGGCACGGCCCGGCCCCGCCGGCCCCGGGCUGGCGGAGGGAGGCAGCGGGCACCCAGCCGCGGGGCCCCGGCCAGCCCCGCCGCCCUCCUCGGGGGGGCUCGGAGGGGGCUCGGCUCUCCUAGCUGCCCCCCAGCCCCUGGCAGGAUGUUGCCCCCCUCCCGGACCCAGCUGGGGCUCUUCUUCAUCCUCCUCUGCCCCGCCAACAUCAUCGGGCUCUGGUGGGCAGUGGGGAGCCCCCUGGUCAUGGACCCCAACAGCAUCUGCCGCAAGACGAAGCGGCUGGCGGGGAAGCAGGCGGAGCUGUGCCAGCUGGAGCCGGAGAUCGUGCAGGAGGUGGCCAAGGGCACCAAGCUGGGCGUGCGGGAGUGCCAGUACCAGUUCCGCUUCCGCCGCUGGAACUGCACCAGCCACAGCAAGUACUUCGGCAAGAUCCUGCAGCAGGAUAUCCGAGAGACAGCCUUCGUGUACGCCAUCACGGCGGCCGGCGUCAGCCACGCCAUCACGCAGGCCUGCAGCAUGGGCGAGCUGCUGCAGUGCGGCUGCGAGCUGACCCGCAGCCGGGCCCCCCCCUCGCCCACGGCGGGGCCGGGCACCGAGGGCACGGCCUGGGAGUGGGGGGGCUGCGGGGACGACGUGCAGUUCGGCUACGAGAAGUCCCAGCAGUUCAUGGACGCCAAGAGCAAGAAAGGGAAAAACGACAUCCGCGCCCUCAUCGACCUGCACAACAACGAAGCCGGGCGCUUGGCGGUGCGCAGCUACAUGAGGACAGAGUGCAAAUGCCACGGGCUGUCGGGCUCCUGCACCCUGCGGACCUGCUGGCGGAAGAUGCCCCAUUUCCGCGAGGUGGGGGACCGCCUGCUGGAGCGCUUCAACGGCGCCUUCAAGGUGAUGGGGGGCAACGACGGGAAGACCCUCAUCCCGGUGGGGGACAACAUCAAGCCCCCCGACAAGCAGGACCUCAUCUACUCGGCCGACUCGCCCGACUUCUGCUCGGCCAACCGCAAGACGGGCUCGCUGGGCACGCGGGGCCGCGUCUGCAACAGCACGGCCAUGGACACGAGCGGCUGCGACCUGCUGUGCUGCGGCCGCGGGCACCGCGACGAGACCGUGGUGCUGGAGGAGAACUGCCUCUGCCGCUUCCACUGGUGCUGCGUGGUGCAGUGCCGCAAGUGCUCCGUCCGCCAGGAGCUCAGCCUCUGUGUCUGACGGCCUCCGCCACCCCGCUGCCACCCCGCCGGUCCCCAUCGGGUGAGGACGCUUCGGGGGCCACCCCCCGGGAUCGUGCCGCGGGCGUGCUGCAGCCCUGGGACACGGAGAGGUGACCCGGUGGGUCCCGGAGAGCAGGCUGGGCUGGCGGAUGGGGAGCCCAGCUCUGCGGGCGGGAUGUUCCCGCUGCCUGGGGAUACUGCGGGGCUGCCCGGCAUCCCCACGGCCCCUCGGGGGGGCUGCGGGUGCAGAGCUUCCACUAAUAAAGCUAUUUAAAGCC